UUUGGCUUUUGUUUUGUUUUCUCUCCCUCUAUUUCUAUUUUUAUUUCUUUUCCUUCCUUUGCCUUCCGGUCCCCAACUAAUUCCUUUUCCUCCACGUGCAACCGCUAUGGUGGCCUCAAUCGUCGAUCUUGUCAUCAGGUACGGGGCCCGAGUGGCCCUGGCCUUGGUUCUAGUGAUCGUCGUGAGAUUCUUGCACGAGAUGUUAAAAGUACGCCUGCUUUUCUAUCGUCUGCGCAAGCAGGGCUUGCCAAUGCCGCAAUGGGAUUUCGCAGCUGGAAAUCUGCGGAUGCUCCCCGACCUAAUGCAGCGGCAUCCCAAAGGAUCGCAGCAGUCCGAAGCAUUUGCUGUAUUGUCCUACGAGUUUCCCAACUCCGAUAAUUGUUUCUACAUCGAUGCCUGGCCCUUUACGGAGCCUUUACUGGUGGUGACUUCGCCGGAUCUGGCAGUCCAGGCGUCUCAAACAUACGCACUCCCUAAGCCGCCCGUCCUUGCGAAGUUCUUUAACCCCUUUGCCGGGGGUCCCAAUCUCUUUACGACAAACGGGCCUGAAUGGAAGCGCACCCGGGGGCUUUUCAACGCUGCCUUCAGUGCCAGUAAUAUUCUCCAGCAUACUCCCCAUAUUCUUGAGGAAGCCCAAGAGUACGUGGAGAUUCUCCGUGAGCACGCGCGGAAGGGAGAUACUUUCUCGUUGGAUAAAACGACCUGUGACUACGUCCUGGAUAUCAUCGGACAUGUGGCCAUGAAAGCACGUUUUCAUUCUCAGCGCGGACAUAACCCUGUGGCGGCGGCAUUAAGAAGUUCUGUCGAGUGGCAUUGUCAGGACGAGGAGAUGAACCCCGUCAUUCGAUGGAACCCCAUGCGACCGAUCAUGCAGUGGUACAAUGGACGGACGAUGAACCAUUACAUCGGGAUCGAAUUGGACAAACGGUACGAGGCCUGGAAGCAGCAAAAGCCAUCGACCCGGGCCAAUUCAAUUAUUGACAUUGUACUCGCCGAAUUCAUGAGUACACGGCCGGCAGGAGCAACACUGGACUCUGAGUUCAAAAAAUGGGCUACGAUUCAAAUCCGGCUCUUUCUGUUCGCUGGCCAUGACUCUACCGCCGCCACGAUUGUUUACAGCGUCUACCUCUUGUCGAAACAUCCCCAGAUUCUUUCUCAGGUUCGCAAGGAGCAUGAUGCGGUAUUUGGGUCAGAUAUCUCGGCUGCCCCAGGCAUGCUCCAGCAGCACCCCGAAUUGAUCAACCAGCUCCCGUAUACUCUAGCAGUUAUUAAGGAGACCCUCCGUCUGUUCCCCGCUGCCUCCGCCUUGCGGGAGGGUCAGCCCGGGGUCUACCUGCAUGAUAAGAACGGCACGAAGUACCCCACCGAGGGAGUGUGUAUCUGGAUCAUACAUGGGGCCAUUCAACGUAACCCUAAUUAUUGGCCGGACCCACAUGCCUUCAAACCAGACCGUUGGCUAGUUGGCCCCGACCAUCCCUUGUACCCUCCCAAAGGUGCUUGGCGUCCCUUCGAGCAUGGUCCACGAGACUGCAUCGGUCAAGCGCUGGCCCUACUUGACAUCAAGAUUACCCUAGUGCUCACGCUUCGUGAGUUCGACUUCCAAGACCAGUACGCGCAAUGGGAUCGAGAGCAUCCUCGACCCGGCCCCAAAACCGUGUUUGGCGAACGUGCCUACCAAAUUCCACAGGGCGGUUCCCACCCUGCCGAUGGGCUUCCGUGCCGGGUCAGCUUGCGAAAUCUGACUACUCGGUGAAGAGCCGCGGGGCAAGACGCUGACAGUGAUGGCCGGCUGGGCUUUGACGGGGGAUCAGGCAUGACUCGCAACUAGAAACAACAGACAAUAAUAAUAAUAAUAAUAAUAACUAUGAAUCGCGCUUCUAGUACAUAUAGAAAUUGAAUCAUUGUAUCUCGCCA